UAUAGUUAUCAGCGUAUUAGUUGCUUUGUAGUAUUUACUAUUUAGUGGCGUAGUUAUUCCAUGCUUCUAAUUGUUGUGUAAAUAGAUUUAACUAAUUUCAUCAUUAUUCAUAACAAUUGUUAUAACUAACACGUGCUGGGAUUUGUAAAUUCUUUAAAUUAAAUUCAUUUUGGGAACUUAAUAUUAUCAAACUUUAAAAAUAUAUAUAUAUUUAUCUGAAAUGACUCUUAAUCGUCCAAAACCAAGUGCUAGUCCAUCAGAUGAUUCAGCUGUUGGUGAUAUGAAUAGUAAUGGAACAAGUACAACAAGUAGUAGUAACGGUGAAGCAUUAUGUCCGGAAACUACUUCAACGACAACAACAGAAAGUUUAACUGAAUCAUAUACAAAACUAGCACUAACUAAACGACAAACAUCUCUUGUCAUAGAAUCUACCGCCGAUUCAAAUGAUCCAGGGAAAAUGUUUAUCGGUGGCCUCAGUCCUACUACAACAUCUGAGGGUUUACGGGACUAUUUUCAAAAAUAUGGUGAGCUUAGGGAAUAUAUGAUUAUGCGUGAUCCUCUUACAAAAAGAUCAAGAGGUUUUGGAUUUAUUACAUUUUCUGAUCCAGUAUGUGUGGAAAAAGUCCUUGAAACAGCUCCACAUAUUUUGGACUAUAAAAAGAUUGAUCCAAAACUUGCUGUUCCUCGUAAAUCUGGUCAAAAUACAAAAGUAUCUACGAAAACUAAACGUGUAUUCAUCGGUGGAGUUGCAACACAAACAACAAAUGAAGAAUUAAGUGAAUACUUUAGUCAAUUUGGCAAGCUAGAAUCAUGUGAAUUAAUGAUGGACAAGUCAACUAAUCGACAUAGAGGCUUUGGAUUUGUUACUUUCGAAUCAGAAGAAUCAGCUGAGAAAGUUUGUGAAAUUCAUUUCCAUGAUUUGCAUAAUAAAAUGGUUGAAGCUAAAAAGGCAGUUCCAAAAGAAGUGAUGAGUACAAAUAAUUCCUUGAUUAAGCAACGACAUCAGUUUAUUCGUGCUCCAAUUUCACAUUUUCUUCCUGCUCAGUUGAAUGGAGCUGCAGCGGCGGCUGCAGCAGCAGCUGCUGCUUCAUAUACAUUAACAGCAACAUCACCAAUUACAGCACGUCAACCAAGUGCCUAUGCUUACUUACCUGGAUAUUAUCUAUCUCCAGGUGAGUGUCCUCUAUCACAACCCCUCUCAGUCUUCUUACCUCCAACUGCUAUUCUUCCUCCAUAUGCUAAUGUAAUCUCCAUGACCUAAAAAUAAUGUUGUUUAUAAUAGUCAUAACUCAGUGGAAAUGUAAUAUCUAUCUUCUUAAUGGGUAUGCAAAUAUAUAUAUAUAUAUAUAUAUAUAUAUAUAUAUAUAUAUACAUAUUGGCGCACUUCUAUCGAAUUUGAAAAGCAAUGAACACGUUUAUUUUUGCUGUGUUUUAUGCAAACUAUUUCAAAUAAAAUAUCUCGACAUUAUUCAUUGCCCAAAAUCGGAGUUCAUGUUUCAUUUUCGUUUAUUGCAUUGCAUGUUUAUCACUUGGUUUCUACAAAUUCUAUGCAUCACAUCAAUUGUUUUCUUCCUCAUUCGUUAUUCUUUCACAUUCUUACUUCAAUCAUAUCUACUUUAUCCUUUCAUUUUUCAACUAAUGGUGUGUUUAUUUGUUGUCUGUUAUUCUAUAGAAUUUGUGUUUCUAUGUAUAUUUGUAUGUGCCUACAUUCAUGUAGUUCAAAAUAUUUUAUUUCAAAUCGUUACAUUUAAAGACUUGAAUUGUCAUCACUUUUUCUCUUUAAAAUAUAUUUUUUAACAGUUAAAAUGUUUCUGGGCCCCCAAAUUUUUUCUAAUUUUCAUUCUUUUUUUUGUAUUACAUGUUUAAUUAACUUUCCCUCUUAUUAUCAGUGCUCAUUUACCUUCCAUUAUUACUAAUGUUAAUUUUUAUGCGAUCAUUUUGUGUAAUAAAAAAACUAAAUGAAAGACAGCAGUUAUUUUUAUUUUUAUUUAUUAUUUUUUUGUUGUUGUUGUUAUGAACUAAAGCACGAUUAAUUAUACCCUUUGAAUUAUCCAAUGCUUUCUCAAUCUACCUACACAAAUAUCAUUAUAUGUGUGUAUUUUUCAUAUUGUAUAGUACAUAAAUUACAAAUGUAAAUGGAUUAUUUGUUUAGUUAUGCUGUCCUUUCACCUUCUCAUCAAAUUUGAAACCUGACAGUUAGCAAGUUAACUAUAUAUAUAUAUAUAUAUAUAUAUAUAUUACUUCUCCUGGAGUUAUUUUGGUAUGACUUACUUCUUCUGGUUCUUAUUUUAUUCGUAUUGAUUAAUUUGACUCUUUUUCAUUUCUUUGUGAUUAUUUUGUUAAAAUGACAAUCUAAUGUAAAAUGAAAUUUUAACAAAACAAUUGAACAAUAAUAAUUAAAUUAAUCUGUAUGAUAAUAAUUGAAGAUUUAAAAAGAAAUGGAAAUAAUAUAUUGUUUUGCAUAUACUUUAUAGUUAUAUCAAGCCAAUGUUUGUUUCAAUCAUUCAAGUUUGACUAUAAUUAAGUAUUAAUAAAUGAAUAAUCAAAAGAAAACAAUUCAAUCAGUCACUUUAAUAUAUAUUGCCUUUAUAACAAUAUAAACAUGAAUAGUAAUACUGAUAUAUGUAAUAAAAUCUAGUUUGUCUUUUUUUCGAACAAAAAAAUAUGGAAAAACAGUUCAUUAUAUUACUUAUUACUACUUAAUUCAAUUUCACAGGUUUAUAAAAAUCUCAUUCCCCCACCCCUAUUCAUUUAUAAACUUUCCAUUAUUCAAUGCAUCUUAUAUAUAUCAUGUAUAUUGCACAAUCAAAUGAUAAAUUACAUGUAAACAAGCAUAUGACAAUCUAUUUAAACACAAAAAAUAAAAAAACAUAUUCAAGAUUAUAUCUAAGAGAAAUGACAAACAACGAGUAAUAAUUCUUUAUUGUUUCACAAAUAUAUGUAUUGAUUAUCUGUAUUUAUUAUGCAUAAUUUUGUCAUAUAAAUGCAUAAGGAAAUAAUUCUAGUAACUAACUAAUUAAAUAAUUAAAUAACCAAUUAAUAAGUAUGAUCAAUCAUUUGCUCAAUCAAAUUAAUAAACAAAUGAAUAAUAUUCAUAACUGAGUAUUAUUACUGUUUGUUUAUAUAUACAUAUACAUAUAUAUAUAUAUAUAUAUAAACAUAAAUAAGCAUGCCUUAAUGAUUAUUACCAUCAUUAUCACUAUACAUUUACUUUCUUGAACGAGACAAACAAAACCUUGAAGUAUUUGUAUUUUCUCCUAUGUUUCCCCCUUUUUUAAAAAAAUAAGAACACCUUACUCUUUUGAAUUAACUGUAUUUUGUGAAUCUGGUUCUGUCUGUUUUGGAAAAAAAUAUCUAUGCACAGUAAAGACAAUCAAGAAGAAAAUAAAUAAAUGAAUAACAGUGACGACAACGACCAUACUGAUGAUAACUAUUAUAUAAAUAUAUAUAUUUAUAUAUAUAUUUAAACUUGAUCAGAACAGAAAGAGAAAAAAGAUUUUAAAAAUGUUAAUUUAUCUGUAUGUUUUCUUUUCUGAAAUGUUUUGUUUUAUC